GUUGGUGUAGAACUGACAGAUGACUCGGCAGUGUUUUUCAGUAAAGAACGCGAAAAUUUGUUGGUUAUUAAAUAUUACCUUUAAAUAGAGUCUGAAGUAAAUUUGUAUUUCCUAAUUUUUCUACAAAAUGUCGUUAGAUAAAGACAAAGAGAAAGAUAAAAAUACGAAAGGAGAUUUAGGACUUUUAGAAGAAGAUGACGAGUUCGAGGAAUUCCCCGCCGAAGAUUUCAAUAUCGCAGAUGAUGACCAAGACGAGGUGAAUGUGUGGGAAGAUAACUGGGAUGAUGACAAUGUCGAAGAUGAUUUUAACCAGCAACUGAAAGCACAUUUAGAAAAACAAGCUAUGGAAACAUGAAUACAAAAUGUCUAAUAGAAAUAGUUUUAUAUGCGCAUGAGACAUACAUAAGUUCAACUAUAUUUGAACAUACCGCGAAAUCGACACUAAAAAACUAAACAAAAAUAUAAACUUCAUUUAUUUCAUCCAA